GUUGUCAAUGUUUUUCUUCUGUUGAUGUCGAGGGCCAGAUUAUUCGUUUUGACAAAUGCAACAUGCUUGACGGUGAGAAAGGGUAAAAAGUACAAAGGAAAGAUCCAUGGCUACCCCGGGGACGGCAACGAACAUUUUAUUUGUUCCGUACCAGCAAGCAAGUGCAGGCAAGAAGACUAAGCAAGGCUCAGGCAAUGGCGACGAGAUCUCGCCACAGAAGCAUGCCGCACGAGAGUAUCAUAGGAAAGCGAAGAUACGCCAACUAGCCAAUCCAGGAAUGCUGCAUAAACGCCACUCGCAUCGGAAGCAUACGACAGAAAAGCACCAACCAUCUGGUGAUGAUCAACAUCGUACCACCUCGCAACGAUCCAAGAAGGAAAGCGUUCCUAAGGAAAAGAAGCAACACAAUCGUCUGUCAACCAUAGACCCUGGGGCUGGCCAUCUGGAUCCGUUCAACAUAGUCCUACCCAAUAAUGUGCCAUCCUAUGCACUUGAAAUGCUUGAUUAUGGGGCUACUAUCCUUCAAUCGGGCAUUACGCUAUGUCUUCUCCAUUACCCCCCGGUAAUACCGGCGGUGCAACCGGCCACCUCUGCUUCAACAGCUUCCGGAUCUGCAUCCAAGACUGUUUCGGCGAUCGGUAACCUCAGAGAUGUGGUCCUUGCAUGUGCCAUGCACUCGCCAGCCUCGUUCUAUACCAUCGCCCUUGCCGGAGCAACCCACAAGUCCUACUCCUCCGACGCUUCUCACCAGAUCAAGAUUCUUCGCCUCUCGUACACGGUCCAGGCCGUAAAGGAACUCAAUCAUGAACUCCAGACCCUUACGGGCGACCCAGCGGAUGCACUGCUUUUCUGUAUCAGCCUGUUGGCAGCCCAUGCAUCGGCUGCCGGCGGUGAUCAGGUGCCUUCUCCUAUGAAGGAGGAAACCCGAAGCCCGCUUGCCACAGCUCAAAGCCAGUACUAUGGCAGUCUGCGCUGGGAAGACGCGCACAUGAAAGCCAUUCGCCUGCUGGUCGAGCGCAAAGGCGGCAUUCACAAAGUCAAGCUCCCCGGCAUAGCGAACGUGCUAGGAUUAGCCGACAUCUUCAUGUCGUGGUUGACAUUGAGACGACCUGCGUUUGCGCUUCUUGCGCCGACAAGCCUUGUGAUGUCAACGUUCCCGUCGCCGCCAUCCACAAUCCCCAGCUCGCUCGCCAACAUGUCGGUAGGCUUCCGCGCCUUACCCAAGUCCCUGACCUCGACGCCACUGUUCGGAGCAAUCGACACAGUCCGUCUGAUUACGAUCGGAUACGAUAUGUACCUGUCACAACAGCCGGAUGCGCCGUCGCUGGUGAAGAUCUUGUGGGCACGAAACUCCGCAACGCACGACCUUCUCUCGCUAGACAACCGCUUCGCGCCUGAUGACUCACAGGAGCAGCCCGAGAUUGAGACACAGGUGCUGCAAGCCCUGCACAGCCUCGUCCGCCUCUCGACAUUAGCAUAUACCCUGCUGGUGUUGUUUCCCAUGCCACGCGUCGCCGGCUUGCACGCAAAUCUCAGCAAGCAGAUCAGAUCGACGCUGAAGGUGUGCGCGGCCAUGGGUUUCUGGGACGAAAACCCCAGUCUCCUGCUCUGGGCGACGAUGCUGGGCGGGUCGGUCGCUAACAAGGGAGAGCCUGUCAGAGGCUGGUUCAUGGACGUGUUGACGACACACUCGCCGAUACGUUGUCGACCUGCGUCGUGGCCGGCUGUGCGCGAUAUCAUCACCCGCUUUCUGUGGUUCGAUGGGCCCGAAUGCGAGGGUGUGGGGAGAGAAGUGUGGAUGGAGGCGUGCAAGUGCGAGCCGCAGGGUGAGUCUGCGUCGGAGCCUGAGCAGGAUUCGGGGAAGACAGGGUAGAUACCUCAGGAUCUGACUAAUGACACACGGCGUUCUCAUGAGUUGAUGAUGAUAGAUGUUGUUGUGAAUCGGACAAUUUCAUACUACAGAAUGCUGUCAUUAUAUUCAUCUAUCGAUUCCUCCCGCAACUUGUUGAAAAAAGGCUGAUCCCCUGCCGUGCUCCCCCCUCUUUGUGCUAAUGCUUCGCUCGCACAGAAUGACAAGGCACCU